GCAAAGCAUCAAUGGCGUUUCACAGUGGAACAUCCAUCUUUUUGAAGAUCUUCGUCUUCGCUCUGCUACUUCUUCUUCCCUUGUCACAAAGCAUCCCUACUCGUAUCCCAAGAGCUCCAAUUAGCUCGAGAAGACCGAUUUGCCCGGCUUGUGUGUGUUGUGAGCCAGCUCCGCUAGGAAGUUGCUGCAGAUGUUGUGCAUCUCCUAUUGUCACUCAAACUCAAUCUCCAUGAAAAUGUAACAUCAAAAAGCUUGACUUGGUACCAAAAAAAGAAGAAUAAUAAAGAAACUCUGUUCACAUGUC